UGGAGCGUCCUAUACCUCUGUGCUCCUCUGUUGCAGCCCCAAGAUCGGGACCCUAGUGCCCCUUUUCCUGACACCCUCGCAGUGACCGAAGUUCCCUCUUCCUCUAUCCCUCCCCACUGUCCUCUGCUCCGCUGGAUGCUGCGAAGGCGGUCCUGGGUACGAAGUUCCCCAGCUGCGCCCCGAGUCCGCUCCCGGUCUUCUAGCGCCCCCUGCUGGAGCGCGGCUUCCCCAGCCCGCGCGAGCGGCGGCGGACCCGGCAGCCGCGUCCAACUCGCUGUCUGGCGGGCAGUCCUCAGACCUUUCUUAGGCCCACUGCCCUAGGGGUAAGGACUGCCCUCAGACACCUCUGCCCAGCCCUUGGCCCGUUCCCUUGACGGGUGGAGACAUCUGGAGGCGCAGCGUUGGGGCUCUAGUGAGGAUAGACCCUGAACUCUUCCCAGACUGGGCCUCAUGGGGCGGGGCGCUGGAGUGGGCGCCUUUGGAGCGAGAGCAGGGCCUUGCGUGGGUCAUCUCUGUGCGCUUGGGAGCAGGGUGUUUAGGACCCAGGGGCAGCCUGGGGGCGGCUCCCUGGGCAGCGGGAGACACCCCCCCACACCCCUCCCUCCCCGCCCGCCUGGAGAGCGGCUCAGAUGUCCUCGUAGCGGCGGCUCUGGAGCUCUGCAUCCUCCGUCUGCGGCAGCGGGGGCUGGCGGCCCCGGCCCCUGCCCAGGCCCCUCCCCCAACCCCAUGCCUCAGCCCUAACCCCUCCGCCCUCCCCCGCGGAGGGCAUUUCCCCGUGCCCCCUGCCCGCCCCGUCCAAGUCAGGCGCCAUGAAUGACCAGUACCACCGGGCGGCCCGGGACGGCUAUCUGGAGCUCCUCAAAGAGGCCACCAGGAAGGAGCUGAACGCCCCCGACGAGGAUGGCAUGACCCCCACCCUCUGGGCUGCCUACCAUGGCAACCUGGAGUCGCUGCGCCUCAUCGUGAGCCGCGGGGGUGACCCGGACAAGUGUGACAUCUGGGGUAACACGCCGCUGCACCUGGCAGCUUCCAAUGGCCACCUGCACUGCCUCUCCUUCCUGGUGUCCUUCGGGGCCAACAUCUGGUGCCUGGACAACGACUACCACACGCCGCUGGACAUGGCCGCCAUGAAGGGCCACAUGGAGUGCGUGCGCUACCUGGACUCCAUCGCGGCCAAGCAGAGCAGCCUCAACCCCAAACUGGUGGGCAAGCUGAAGGACAAGGCCUUCCGCGAGGCGGAGCGGCGCAUCCGCGAGUGCGUCAAGCUGCAGCGCAAGCACCACGAGCGCAUGGAGCGGCGCUACCGGCGCGAGCUGGCCGAGCGGUCCGACACGCUCAGCUUCUCCAGCCUCACGUCCAGCACCCUGAGCCGCCGGCUGCAGCAUCUGGCGCUGGGCAGCCACCUGCCCUACUCGCAGGCCACGCUGCACGGCACCACCAGGGGCAAGACCAAGAUCCAGCGGAAACUAGAGCGGCGCAAGCAGGGCGGCGAGGGCACCUUCAAGAUCUCGGAGGACGGCCGCAAGAGCGUGCGCUCGCUCUCGGGCCUGCAGCUGGGCAGCGACGUGAUGUUCGUGCGCCAGGGCACCUACGCCAACCCCAAGGAGUGGGGCCGCUCCCCGCUCAGGGACAUGUUCCUCUCCGACGAGGACAGCGUCUCCCGUGCCACACUGGCGGCCGAGCCGGCCCACUCGGAGGUCAGCACCGACUCAGGCCACGACUCCCUGUUUACCCGCCCCGGCCUGGGCACCAUGGUUUUCCGCAGAAACUACUUGAGCAGCGGGCUGCACGGGCUGGGCCGCGAGGAUGCCGCGCUGGACGGCGCGGGCACGCCGCGGGGUCGGCUGCAGAGCUCCCCCAGCCUGGACGACGACAGCCUGGGCAGUGCCAACAGCCUGCAGGACCGCAGCUGCGGGGAGGAGCUGCCCUGGGACGAGCUGGACUUGGGCCUGGAUGAGGACCUGGAGCCCGAGACGAGCCCGCUGGACACCUUCCUGGCCUCCCUACACAUGGAAGACUUCGCCUCCCUCCUGCGGCAGGAGAAGAUCGACCUCGAGGCGCUGAUGCUGUGCUCGGACCUCGACCUCCGCAGCAUCAGCGUCCCCCUGGGGCCCCGCAAGAAGAUCCUGGGGGCCGUGCGAAGGCGGAGACAGGCGCUGGAGCGCCCGCCCGUCCUGGAGGACACAGAGCUAUAACCCGGGGCUCCUUUCUCCAGACCAAAAUGAAUUGCAAGUUGCCACAACCCACAGUGGGGCCACAAGGUCCUCAGUCGCCAGCCCUGCAGCCCCCCAGCCCUUCCCAGGAGCAAGGACCACAUGGGUCAUCUCCCUUGAAAGCCUGUCCACAGCCUGCGGCAGAGGGUGUGGCCUGGAGGCACCCCGAAGGGCAAGAGAGCAUCGUAGAACGUCAAUUCUGAGGGGUCUUGAAGCCCCUGAGCCACUCCCAUCCCGGUGGCCCUAAAGGACAUGUGGAUUUGUGGAAGGCCAGCCCCAGAGGAAGGGCAGGGCCACUGGGACCCUGGAGACUAGACGACGUGCCCAUUAGAGCUGAUGAGAGUGUGUAUAUGGCAGGGGGUGGGUGCGGCCUGUCCCAGGGGCCGUUGUCUCUCUUCGUCCCUCCUCUGAGGAUCCUGUUGUGUGCUCAGGCUGGAGACUUGCUCAUUUCCUACAUUUUUGUGAAGGGAAGAGUUUUGGCUGCCUCCCCUCUGCCCAUACACCCCAGAGAGGAGGUCCCCAACUAGACUCUUCAGCCAAAUGCCCUGACUUUAGUCCCCACCCCGCCCCAAGCACAGCCAGCCCCCUUUUCCUUCUCCCACUGGCCUUGCCGUGGAGUUGGAGUGCCAGGCUGGGGCUGGUGGGGGUGACUGGUACCCCCUGGGCUCACCCUGGGGCGGGGCCCAGCCUGCCUCUGCCUUCCCACCCUGUCCUCCUCUAUCCUCCCUCUGCUUGGUUGUGCAGCCUGGCCCCCUAGGGAGCCCAGAGGGUCAGGACAAUAGAUGCAAGGUGCUAGAGCAACCGGCUGCAGUAUUACGGCGCCCAGGCCUGGCAGGCGUUCUCUUGGCUGGAGGAGAAAGCCAGCUGCCUUAGAGUUGCCCAGGCCCAAGACAGGUGGAGACUAGGUGUGGCUGGGUGUCCACCCUACUACGGGCAAGUCCUGCCAGGUGGACACUGUGGGAGCCUGAGGAUGUGGACAGUCUAAACUGCAGAUUGUCCCCAGGGCCCCAGGGCUCUGUGCCUGUGUGUGUCUGUGUUGAGGUUGGCUGGUGGAUUUCCCUCGAGGUCUGGAAGAGGUGGGCACUGAAUGGUUCUGCAUGGAUAGUGGGUAAGCAAGAGCUCAGCGUGUGUCCCUGCUCUGUGAUGGUGGUGACACCAGGGGAAAGGCCAGCCCAAGAGGGUCCUCAAACUUGUGUCCUUAGCUCUACAGUCAGACUGAGGUCACAGAUGUGGGAGAGUCACUCAGGAGCCCGCACAGACGUGUGUGCACAGACACAUCCCCACGCAGUUGUGCUCUUCCUCCUCUGUCAGCAACGGACCCGCAUCCCUGACCUUCAGCUUGGGAAGCAGCUGCUGCCGGGAGCACUGCCGCAGCCCCCAGCUCCUUGCUGGGCCCCCCUGGCUGGGGCAGGGGGAAGACAACCCCUGAAGAAUGCCACAGGCCUCCCUCUAAUGUGUCUGUCUGUGUGUGGGCCUCCCUCCACACACAUGCCCAGAGCUGGCGGUGAUGGAGGUGGUCCCUGUUCCCACUCUGAGGACUUGGCUGCCCACCACUGCCACCCUGUGCCCACCCUAUUCUUCUCCCUGCCCUCUGGGCCUGGGCCUGGGUCUGGGGCCCCCCAAGUGCCGACUCCACCUUCUUGGAGCCCCACGUGCUGAACUUUCUCUCCUGUUCUCUGUUCACGCACCGCCUCAGCCCCUCCCGGUUUUCCCUGUGCCGGGGUGGGGUGGGCUCCGAGAUUCUCACCACUGUACAACGCCCCCCUCCCGCAGGCUCAUUAUCACUUUUGUAGAGAA